AUGUUUCGAGUUGGUCCUUUAAGGAAUAAUGUAAAACCUGGUUCAUUAUUGACUUAUUUUCAUCUGCGAAAUAAUAGCGGACUCGGUGCUAUUUUAUAUCCGUAUGUCAUCAACAAGCUAAAGAAUAUAAAUAUUUACUUGAUAACAAUAAAUGCCCAUUACUUAGGUAAAGAAUUUUGAGAAUAUCAUAAGUACCACCAAUAACAUUAAUGUAAAAUAAUUAAAUAAUUUCGGCGCAAAGAAAAUUGCCUGCUUCGUCUAAAAUAAAAAAAUUGAAAACCUGUCUAAGUGAUUGUCAAAUUUAAAUUAUAAAAAAAAUUUUUCUAACUACUAAAUUUUGUAUUUAUAUACAAUUAAAAAUUAUUUAAAUGUUAUAUACCUUUAUAUAAACAAUGUGCAAUAAUAAACUCAUUUAAUAUAAACUAAACUUGUCAAGUAAAAAAAUUGGUAUUAAACAAUCCAUAUAACUUGGCAACCACUUGCACACCAAUUCCAUUUUUUUGGCAAGGCAAACAAAUUUCUUCGUGCUACAUUUGGUCCCUUUUUCAUAUUUAUGUUUAAUUGCAAUACAUAUAAUAUGUAUCACUACUUUUUGUAAUGUUACAUUAUAACAUAUUAUAAUUAAAUAAUAAUGUAAUAUACCUACCUAAGUCCUAAAUGAAUAAAUUGAAUAAAUAAUAUAAAAUAUGAAAAUAACAUCAAAUAGUCGGUAAAUUAUAAUAAAUUGUAAUCAAUACGGUACAACAUAUUUAUUUAUGGAUAAAGUACCUACACUAAGUCAACUUUUUCUUUCGCGUAUAAAGGCAAGACAAUAAAUGAACCAGAUUAAAAAUAUAAUUUUAAAAUAUUCAUAUUACCUGUAUACAAUAUUUAUUUUGUACUACAUAUUAGUAGUAUAAAGUAAUUAAAAACGAUGCUAACUUACUUACUUUUCGUUAGUUUUAAAUACACACAUUCAGUGUCGUAGCCAGGGUGUGGUUUUGGGUGUUUGAAGGUUAAAGGUUAAAGUUAAGAAGGUUAAAGACCUCCACCACUCCCUUGGACCCCUCUAACCGCCCGUAUAAUGAUAAUUCAAUACAGUAUUGAUCUAGGUACAAUAAAUAAGUUUAAUACAGCCAAAUGAAAAUCAUCUUCAUUCAUUUGAUUAUAUUAUGGAACAUCUUUCAUUUUUUUGGAAGGUUACUAAAUAAUAUGUAGACAUUAUGAUGAUUUAUCCAUAUAGAUAAAAGUUUAAUGUAGGUAAUAGGUUUUCUUUAAUUUGUACAUUACAGAGUGUCCCAUGAUCUACUUAUUACAAUAUUUCCUGAGGUAAUAAAGAUAAUCAAAUUAUGAUUUUUUGUGUUACCUGUAGAGAUAAAGAUUACAAAUAUUUAUACUUGAAUUCAUAUUUUUAUAUUUUACUAAAAUACUAAAAAAAAAAUAAAUACUUUUUAUUAUAUUGUUUAUUAAUUUUCUUGUUAAUGUAGAUUAUAUCAUAAUCAAAAAUUAAAAAGAAGUACUUAUUACCAAUAUGUUAAGUACUAUUUAAUCAUUUUUAAAACAAAAAAAAUCCUCGGUUAAAAAUUCAAUGAUUUGAUGUUUGGUUUAAUUAAAAAUUUUUUUAUGCAGAUCCUCAAAACUGUCUACAUUCCAGUAAAUCAGUUGAACAUUUAAACUCUGCUUUAAAGAUGCAAUCUAAUCACAUUAUUCUAGUAAAUGUAAAAAAUGUGGCGCUGUCAGGUUAUUAAAAACAUUUUCUUGAUUUUAGUAAUGCUAAAUAAUAUAUCUUCAAUACCUGAAUACAUUCAAGUGUAUAUACAUAGUAAAAUUGAUAUUUUCAAAUAAUUUUAGAACUCAUUACUAGUAAUAUACUGCCUGGCAGUGUAGUUUUCAUGGCAGGAUUUGUGAGUUUUGAUGAAAUAUAUACUAGAAAACAUGAAGACCGGAGGAAAUUUAUUUGUCUUUUAGAUAUGGUUAACACAUUUUUUUUUUUGGGUAAAUAUGUACAAUUUUUUUUCUGAUAUUUUUAUUGGCUGUUUGUUUUUGUUAUUUGUUUUAGGAGUUAAAUCUAAAUUGGACGAUUGUUUUUAUAGAGGCAAAGUUAUAAAACAAAUUAACCACUUUGUUUACCAAAUUGAAUAUAUUGAUUUAAUUGGUACUAUUGAUGCAUUUAUUUUUAAUUUAUUUGAAAUUCCUAAUGACUAUAUGGUAAUGUAUUAAUAAACUCCUAUUGCACCAGUGUAUUAUUGCUAUACUUACCUAUUACUACACUAUUAUUACCAUUACAUUAUAUUCAUUAGCAUUGUUGCUUUUUUUAUAGAUUUCUUCAAAUGUUAUACGUGUAGACCUCAAAGGGUUCAAAGGAUUGAAUUCUAGAUCACUGGAUUUAGUUGGUGUUGAUUACAUUAAUAAUUUAUUAACAAAUUGUAAACCAAUGGUUAUUGUAAUUAUUUAUACAUUUUGUGAAAAUAGCUAGAACUUUUUUCUUUUUAUCUAUUUAUCGAUUUAUCUGCAUAUAAAAAUGAAUAUGUAUGAAUAGUGCAUAUAUGAUUGAUAAGAUUUAUAAGGUUAUCCAUUUAAGUGUCUACACUGGAUAUUUUUAAUAUAUAUUAUUAGUUUAAAUAAUAAAAAUAAAAAAAUUAGAAAAAAAGUUAAUAAUUUAUAUAUAUAUAUUAAAUUUAUAAGUAAAAAUUAAAAGUAAAGUAUGUACCUAUUAUUUAUACAUAAUUUACAAUUUUAAUAAUAAUACAUGUCAAGAUUUAAGGUUUUAUUAUAAAUACAACGUCCUAUAAUCUCAUAUUUAUAAUUUUUCUACAAAUUUACGUAUAAGUAUAUCUAUGUAGAAUUCAUGACUCUUUAAUUUUUAAUACCCUACUAUAAUAGUCAUUUUACAUUAUUAUAAUAAUCGUAAACAUUAUACCUAUCCAAAAAAUGAAUUCCUCGUAUUUUACACUUAUUUAUUAUAUUUGAACAUAAGAAUAAUAUAUCUAUGCCUUUUAUAGAUAAUGUCUUUUAAUACUGUGUUCAUAAUUUUAUUCAAUCGUAUUUAGGAACUUUCUCCAGUAGAAGACUUUAAAAAUGUAAUUUUAAAAUUAAUAGAUGUUGAAAGUAUUAAUGAACGAUUAUGUAGAUUACUUAAUGAUGACAGUACAUUAAUAUCAUAUAUAGUAAAUAAACCUGCACCUGGUAUGUUAUAUUAUUAUUUAUUUCAUAUUUUUAUUAGAUGGUUAAUGGAUUGGGUUAAAUAAAAUAUGCCUAUAACAAUGUAAUAUGUUGACCAAUUUUCAUCUUUUAUUUAAUGCUUUUUAAUGCUUUAAAUCAGCUCAAUAAGAAUUAUUUUUCAUUAUCAAAUUUAACAAAUACACAGUGACCACAAUUCAUCUGAAUUUUUAGAAAAUGUCUCUGGGCAAGAAAUAAAUAUAGACAACAAUCAAUCUAAAUUAAUCAAUGGAGAUUUAGUGAAUAUCGUUACAUUCAUUGACAUACACAAUAUAUUUGUACGCAAAAUCAAAGAUGAGAAUAACAAUUUUUUCAAUUUCAUUGACAAAGUCAAUUUAUACAGUUCAGCAGGUAUUUAUUACAUGUUACAGUUGCUGAUUAACAUUACUACCUAUUUAAUAUUUAUUUACAAUCAAUGAUAAAUUAUACCAAAUGUAUUUUUAAACUGUUUUUUUUUUUUAUUUGUUAAGCAUCUCCCAUUGAUAAAUUACCCAGAUUAAAUGACAUUGUUGGAAUCAAAUUAUUAUCAGAUGGACUAUUUAAUAGGGCAAAAGUUUAA